AUGGUAAGUUCUGGAGGCCUUCCAUCGUAUAAAAUACCAUUACGACUAGGGCGCAGCUCGAAAUUUAUUUUUUGGCGUGCUUACAGUACUCCUAGUGAUAAAACUAAUUAAUGGCUUGCAGUUAGAUCUGAUAGAUUGUGGAGCCGAUGAUUGGAGGGUGGUGUGCACUUGGAGGAGGAUAUCCCGAUUUGUGGUCGAGUUUAUCCUCUGCUCCUUAUGUCCAUAUCCGGGAACUGGAACCGUCGAAUGGUGGUUUGUGGAACCUUCAAGGACCUGCAAUCACACAUUCGAAGUAAAAGAAGUCCCGGUUGAUCUCCUCUUGUCCUUAUUCAUGCUUGGCCGGGUGUAUCUGGCUGGGCGAUUUGUGGUUUUACAUAGUAAACAGUUUCAAGUAAGUCAUUCUUUUCUCAGAAAACUUUCCCAGGAUGCAUCAACAAGAACAUUGGCUGCUUUAAAUCGUAUCCAAGUGAACUUUACCUUUGUGAUGAAAUCUUGGCUAGAUCAACAUCCCAUGAGAUGUCUCUCUCUCUUCUUAUUGAUGUUCUGGUUCACAUUUGCAUGGACAUUUGUGCAAUGUGAGAGAUUAGGAAGGGAAGAUGAGACCAAAUGGCUGAUGUACUCGAAUGCUUUGUGGUUUAUCGCCUCAACUUUCAAUGGGAAUGGAUAUGGAGAUGUGGUACCCAAAACAACGGCCGGGAGAUUGGUCGGGAUCUUUGUCGGACUUACGGUCAGUCGAUUGAUGACUUAAAUUAGACGUAAUCUAUUGAGUUCAGGGUGCAAUAAUAUCUUCGAUCCUGAUUGCCGUCAUCUCUCGAAAGAUUGUUUUAUCAUCUGGUCAAAGGAAUGUAAACAAUUUCAUGAAUGACUCCAGAUUAACCGUGGAACAUAAGAACGCGGCUGCCAGAGUUCUACAAAAGACCUGGCAUAUCUAUAAAAAUCUCCAUUCCAAUGAUACGGGGGACCGACUGUUAAGACGACAUCAACGGGAGUUUCUAAAUGCCAUUCACAGGUCAGUAAAUGUUGUAUUUGGGUACAUAUGGCCAUUACAUCAUUAUAAUGUUCGUCUUUAGUUUUCGAAAGGUGAAGAACAAGAUCAGAAACUUCAACGAGAGCAACGAUGUGUCCUCACAACAAGCCACACGAGCAAGUUUAUACCCUUAUUCUGUUCUGAUCUGACAUUUUUAUAUCUAAUCUAGAAUUGUUUCAGUUAAUGCUGGAGAUGCACACCAACAUGCUCAAGCUGGUGAAUACCCAAGAAGAGAUGAGGACCCAGAUGGAGGUCAUGCAAAGGGCCAUUCGCAAUCAUUUCACACAUCAACAUGCCGUCACAAUCGCCGAAACUAAACGAAUUUCGUCCGAAGACUGA